AUGGACACGCAAAUUUUAAGAGAACUAGAGAUUGCAGCACAGAUAAUAUUGGCACCUCCUAAUAUCGUGAACAACGAACAGAGACAUGCUGCAGAAGAGAUUUUUACUAAUUUCAAAAAAACAAAGUCUCCUUAUGCUUUGUGUAAAUACAUAUUGGAUCGGCUACUCUGCCAGUUUUGUCAGAGAAAAAAUUUUACAAGUUAUUGCAAUUAUGGCUGCAGUUUAUUAGCAGCUAUCAUUCAAGAAUAUGGAUUUACUGAAAAAUCUACAGAUAUUGGUCUUACGAGAAAAGUAAAUUUUUGGGCCAAGGCGGAGUUUGAAUCAUCUGACCUCAAAAGAAUAUUCCAGUUUUGUUGUAGAGCCUUAAAUAAUUUAGUCAAUGCUGAGCCUCCUUUUUCACAAGAAACAUUAUCUCUUGUUAAGCAAUUAUUAGCAAUUUCAGAAUCAAUUUUAUGCUGGAAUUUCACUGAUCAUUUUUUUCCUAAACCUUUUGCUAAAUCAUUUUAUGAAGCUAGUGAAACGCCAAUGUUAAAGUUGAAUGCAACUUGGAAAGAUGCUAUUUUAGAAGCUCAAGUUGUUAAUUUAUUUUUUUUGGUUUAUUGGAAGAUUCGUUCUAACCCACAAUUAUCUCAUCAUGCCUUAACUUGUUUGGUUCAAUUAGCAGCAAUAAAAGGAAAUAUAUUCGAAUCCAAAGAAUCUAAUGCACAAUAUUUAGGAUAUUACAUAGAAGGAUUUGUUAAUUUUUUAACCAACGUUAAAAUUCUCGAUAGAGAAGCUUUGGGUUUGUCUAAUAUAGUCAAAAGAUUGUUUUCUAUAUUUUCUUUAAGAUUUGUAGAUGUUUUGCCUUCAAAUUUACUUAAAUCUUUUGUAGAGCAACUAGUUUUGUUGACUUGCAGUUUCGCAGAAGGAGCUGCCUCAGAAGAAACAAUUUGUACAGAUGACAGAUUAUAUAUGGAAGCGUUUGAUAACGUGAUGGUGGCCUGGAUGAAUACAUUAAAAGGCUUUCCUAGUUAUUGGAAAGAUAAUCAUUCAGGUGCUUUAAUUCAAAUUUUUAAUAUAUAUUUAAAAUGUCAUUUAGCACCCCCUUUGGGAACGAGGGGAGAAGGAAAGGAUCUUGAACAAGAAGAAUUGGACGAAUCCGACGAAAUGGACAGAGUGAAAUUCAAAGAACAAUUAAUUACCAUUGGGGAAAUAGCAAGACUUUGCCCUGAUCAUUGCUUGCCCAUAUUAUCCCGAUUAAUCGAGGGUAAAACUAAAGAACUUGGUAAUAGAUUUGAAAGGUUACGAAAUCAACAAUCGGCAACAAUAUCGGAUUCUAGUUCUUUAGUUUUACUAUUUGAAGAUUUACACUGGCUACUUUUAAUUUCAUGUAACGUAAUAUCGGAAGAUCCAGUUUGUGAUCCGCUGAAUUUUCCCUCUUCCUUAAAACAAUAUUCUGCCAAGUUAUCUACAACAGUUAGCAAUGAAAUCACUUUUCAAGUUUACAGUUCACCUCAUAAAAAUUUCGAAGAGAUUCCAAACGCUGAAGAAAAAACGGAUCCCGUUAUUCGUCUUGUUUCAUCCGUUUUACGGUUGAGUUGUUUAUGCCAAAAAUUUAUCGAAGUCAAAAUCGUUCAAUUUCUCAGUCCUGAAGUUCUGUCUUCUAUGUUGUGGUUUUUGAAUCAGUGGGUGGGAUUAAGUGUAAUUAAAGACAGUUCAGAAUGUGAACCUCAAAGUGCUCUCUUAUUAUGCUCAAUCGAUACGAAUCCUGCAGGAGCGUUUUGGGCUGUCAAUUAUUUACUUGAACAAGCAAUCGGGUACUUGAUUCAUUUGAAUUCUGAACCCGGAGUUACCAGAGAUGCUGUUAUUUUAUUUAUUUCCUUAGUCGGAGAUAAAUCAAAAGUCGAAUAUGUAAUCAAUGAAAAUUUAGUUAAAAUAAUUAGUCUUUUAAAAAUUCAGUCUUCUUUACCUCAAGGAAUAAAAAGGGAUGUUAUGAAAGGUUUAACUCUGGCUGGUAUGGCUUUAAAAGAUGAAAAUAACAGAAGAAAUUAUUUUGAUCAAAUUUUAAAACCUUUACAAACCAGAUUAUUGUCGUUCACGAGUCAACAUAAUUUUUCACACGUUUCUCACGAUGAAAGUAUAAAAAUUCAAAUUAUUGAUAUUUUAGAAUGUAUAAUCGGUUCUUCAAUGGGAUCUUCGGGUCCGGCACGAAAUUUAGUUUUUCAGUAUUUGAGCCCAAUGAUCUCGGAAAUGCCUGUUCUCAUGAGAGUUUAUCACAAUUAUCAACAAAUAGUGGAAUUAAUAUUGACGACCAUUUGGGAAUUCGUUAAUCAUUUACUUCCGGCUCAAAUUCCCGCGGAAUCGGGGAAAAUCUACGAAAUUUGCCUUAGCACAAUACAAACUUACGCGUCUUGGAAUUCGGGACGAUUAACGUUGGAAUCCGAUUCGCAAGAUGAUACAUUUGCAGACAUUUUAUUACUAAUGGAAUUAUUGGGAGAAUUGUGUUUUAAAGAUGGAAUGGAUUUAGCAGAAAGAGAUAAAGACGAUCAGUCCUUAACUGCCAUAGAUGCUUGUUUGUACGGUCUUAACAUAAUAAUGCCUUUAAUGAGUGUCGAACUGUUAAAAUAUCCAGCUUUGUGUUUUCAAUAUUUCAAUUUAAUAAGAAUCAUAAGUGAAUUUCACGCGGAUAAAUUUUUUGAACUCCCGGAAAAUCUUUUAAAAACGGUUUUUCAAACGAUAGAAUUGGGUUUGAAUUCUUUCGGUCAAGAAAUCGUACCCCUGUGUUGUUAUUUCAUACGAGAUUUGGCAUUUCACAUUUACGAACAGACAAAAGCGGGGAAACCAACCCUACAAACUUGUAAACCUUUUUUAAAGAUAUUGAUGAACAUGGCAUUGUCUUAUCGGUUAAGCGCAGAUUGUUUGCCAGGUACGAGUGGUGCCGUUUACACGCUCAUAUGUUGCUACCAAGAUGAAUACAACGCCUUUGUCGAAUCCGUCCUUGCCGCACAAACGGAUCCUUUUUUACGGGAAAAAUUCACAAAAGAAUUUUGUAAAUUAACGAAUAAUAUUUCACUGAAGUGUGAUAAGAGAACGGAAUUAUUAUUUUAUCACAAUUUCGAAAGUUUUAUAGUAAACGUAUUCGGUAUGUUCACGUGA